GGAAGUAUUAAAUUUAUAAUUACCAAAGAAGUGAAAAGCGCCGUUGGUGCUGGUUAACCUGAGACAAUGCCUCCAUCAUAUUUUGGUAUCUGUGUUGUUCUGCUGAUCAGUUUUGUUCCGUGUUUUUUCUUUCCUCCACAGUUGAUUCGAUCGGAAUGGCAAUCCAGAUCGCAUUUCUCUAUAACGAUCUCAGGAAUCCUUAGAGCAGCUGCGACAUUCAUAGACAGAUUCAAUUUGGUGAAUAUUACUGGAGUGGAUCAAGCCACGAAAGUUUCAAUGUACUUUGGAGAAGAUGGAAAUUCAUAUAGAUUUUUUAUUGAGACUGUCAACAAAAUCGUAUUUUUUGAAAAUGAAAUUCAAAGAAAUUUUGCCAAUAUUGCUUUUUAUCACGUGAAUGGUGAAGAAAUUGUCAAGGCACACAAUUAUAUAAGGUCUUUGCGUAGGCAAAUCGAAACAUUGGCAAAGUUAGAUAAGCCCGAUAUUGAAUUGAUUCAAGAGAAACUGGGUUACUGUUUGUAUACCAUACAAGCCUUCUACAGUAACACUAACUGGGUGGAGAUUUUUGGAGAUAAUCACUAUCCAGAUUUUGGUCAAGAAAAUGUAACGCUGAUGGAAGUGGCAAGUUCUGCAGAAAAAUCGUGUAAAAAUUGUCCAAAAGACGAAAGUGAUAUUUAUGAUUGCACUGAUAACAUCAUUACCUCCAAGUUAACAAGUAGUUACAUGGCGAACCAGGACAUAUCAAAACCUACUGAGCCGCUGGGUGCAAAUUCUGGUAAGUGCAGUCAUGGGACGACAGACGACAUUUCGCGCCAUUUUCCAGCUACUGGUGGUAUUUAUAAAGGCCGUGUUUCACCUGCUGAAUCACCACAUCAUCAUUUGCACCAUCAAGCAACGGAGGCGGCGACUAAGGCGACACACCACUUUUUAACGGAUGAACGGACAGGCUUGUUCAACAUCUUAGGGCCAAAUAUUUUUAAGGAAGUUUUACAUAUCAAAUCAAAGCAAGAGGUCAUUAAAAAAUCACUGGCUUUUGUAAUUGACGUCACUGGGUCAAUGGGGGACGACAUCGAAGGUGUGAAGAGGGCUACAGUGAAAUUGGUUGAGGAAUCUAGAAACUCUACGUUUGUACCAGAAAAAUACAUCCUUGUUACAUUUAGUGAUCCAGAAAACUUGACCACGGGUAUAGAAACUAAAGACUGGAGCCAAAUGAUAACCUUCUUAGAAUCUUUGAGCGUGAGUGGUGGAGCGGAUUGUCCUGAGUACGCCAUGUCAGGAAUGCUUCUAGGAAUCAACAUGUCAAAUCCGGGGUCACAGAUUUUCCUUGCCACUGAUGCAGGUGCCAAAGACGAAGACAAAUAUAUAGAAGUAAUAGAGGGCCUGAAGUCUAAGUCUUUGGAAUCUAAAUUAAUACUCACAGGCACUUGUACUUCAAGAAAACGAAGAGAUGCACAUAGACAGAAAAGGGGCACUGGAUAUAAGGUGUUUGAAGAUAUAGCUGCCGAAACAGGAGGCCAGGUUGUAAAAAUAAGUACAGCAGAGAUUGAGACAGUCGUGGAAAAACUAGUAAAGACAAGCUUACCAUCUUCAAUAGUCAAUAUUAAGUGGUACACAUGGGUAACACCAGCGUCAACUGACUUCAAAAUAGAAGUGGAUAGUUCCUUAAAGGCAUUGAUAAUUCAGAUCUCUGGACCGUCUGCAAAUUCGGAUAUCACAGUUAAAGACCCAAACGAUGCAGAAGUGACCUUCCCAACAGAUGAACGAAAGAUUUCUACAAUUAUUAAUAUUAUGAACAUUUUCAUUCAGUCUCCGAUGGCUGGUAAUUGGACACUUAAAAGAAACACCAACUCCAUCACGUGGGAUACAAAUGUAACAGGACAAAGUGAAAUUGACUUCACAGCAAACCUUCUUGAGACUGCCGAAGAUGGGAUGUUAUACCAGGUCUACACCAAUCCAGUUAUAGGUUCAAAUUAUACAUUAGCUGUGGAUGUUCAAAAUUUACCAAAAAAUGCUUCUAUCAACUGGGCUUUCCUUUUGGAUGAUAAAUGGUCAAAAAUAUCCAGUUUGGAACUCACUCAAGUGCCAUCAGACUGUUUCAAAAUUUGCUUUUAA